AUGCAAGAUAUACAAAUAUGUAAGAAUUUACAAGGAAAAAAAAAAAAGAAUUUACAAGAUUGGUUAACAGUGGCUACCCACAGAGUUAGGUUUGGAAGAGUGCAAAAGGUCUGUCUGAGUGCUGGAGAUCUGAAGGAGCCAGGCGAAGGCCUGGAAUUCACUGUAGUGUCCCAUUUGAAUCUGUAUCAGGAGGUUGAAGGGUCAAUGGUGUAAGCCAGAUGACGCCCAAGAAGGUGACAACAAGAGCUUCUCUGAAGAAACAGAAGGAAGCCUUCUUCAUUUUCCUUUUAUACCAUUUAGACAGCAGCCCUACUGGUUGCUGUCACGCCCAGUAAAACCCAGCAAAUCUUCCAGUAAAUCUCAGCCACACCCAGAACUAUGCUGUUCCAAUUUAGUUGAAUGUUUCUUACUUAAAUUGACACAAUCAACUCACUAUCAAAGAUUUACACGGCUUAGUUUUUGGAGCAGUCUGCAGUGUACCAUACAGAAAUUCUGGGUUGGCAAGGCCUUUGGAAUGACAUCAUUUAGGAGCUUCCAAUCUUCUUUAUUACAUAUAAUACUAUACACACAUCAGAUAAAAGGGAUAGGAGAGAUAGGGGUGGAAAUUGAAAGUAUCUACAGAAUAUUCUCAGUGGUUCCUGAAACGCAUAAAACUCAAGUUUAUAAAAAUAAUCGAACCAGUCCAAUACUUUAAUUUUACAAAUCAGAGAAAAGGUACUCUUGAUCAUGAGAAAUGGUUUGUUCAAGGUCACACGCAUGGCAAAGUGGGAAAAGAAUCAGAUCUGACUUCAUUCACCCCUCUUGGAUCCUGCUUUCAAGUACUUGAGGCAUCCCACGUGCCUUCAGCAAGCGUCUAAAAUCCCAGCGAUCAAGAUCCAGAGUGAGCAUAUUUUAAAGGUAAAAAAUUUUACGAGGGUGAAGGGGUGAGCGACGCUGAGCCGAUUGAACAGAGACUUUUCUGCGUGGUAGUCUGUAGGGGGCGUUAAGCGAACAGAAACACCGAUUGGAAGGCAAGAUGAGGGCACGCUUCGGUUUUGGUGUUCCCGGACGCUAGAAGCCGGGGAGCAGCUCCUGUCGCUGACUUCCUCGCAGUGGCUUCUUUCCCUGCCUGCAUCACAGACCCUCAGCUCCCAGCAAGUCCAGUGCCUCCGCCGUGCGUGGUCUGGGAUUCUGCACCUGGGGUCUAUGUUGUCCUGUCUCUCCUGGGCUGCGCGUGACGUAGUCAGCCUUGUGUCCCCAGCACCAAGAGGGGAGGUUCUGACACGAAUGGUGGGUCAGAAAGUGUUCAUUGAACCUACCAACUCUCCAGUCUCCUAAAUAACUGUUCCUGAAGGCUGAGCGUUAAUCCCCAUAAAUCACCGCAGAGGUGCCCCUCCUCCUCUGCUCCCCACAAACAGCUCAGGCCAGUCCCGACCCUUCCCUGUUUUUCCCUUCCUCGUGCUGAUGUCGGAAUCAGCGCAUCAUAGGAUCCGAAGCUGCUCUCGGCCUUCUCAGGGGGCUGGGUAGGACGGAGUCCUCCGGCGGCUCAGGGAUUGAGGGGAAAAAGCCAGGGAAUGCCCUCGAAACCUCAGGAAAGACACUUUCCAAGGGGCGGUUCCUUAUGGCAACCAUGCCGCCGGCCCGCAUUAGCCAAGAUCUCUUGGGAGGACUAAGAUUUGAGCUCCCGCCGGCGUCUCUAUGGUUUCAGUCGGCUAGGAAGCCCGGCACGGCGUUUCCGGGAAGAUGGCGGCGCACAUGUCAGGUGUGCCACAUGCUUCCGCGCAGAGGACUCCGCAGUGACGGAAAAGGCCUGGGCCGGAAGGAGAAUGGCAUCACUCAGGCCCUCAAGGUGACAUUGAAGCAAGACACUCAUGGGGUGGGACACGAUCCUUCCAAGGAGUUUACAAACCACUGGUGGAAUGAGCUCUUCAACAAGACUGCAGCUAACUUGGUGGUGGAAACCAGGCAGGAUGGAGUACAGAUCACGCGCCUCUCUAAGACCACCCAGCGAAAUCAUCCCAAGCCCAACUUGCUCUAUCAGAAGUUUGUGAAGACAGCCACGCUGACUUCAGGUGAAGAGAAACCAGACAGAGACUUGGAGAGCUGCACUGAUGACGACAAGCAGGGGCCCACGCCUCCAAAGAUUCUGACUGACGAGAUGCUGCUCCAGGCCUGUGAGGGGCGAACAGCACACAAGGCUGCCCGUCUUGGGAUCACAAUGAAGGCCAAACUUGCUCGACUAGAGGCCCAGGAGCAGGACUUCCUGGCUCGUCUCAAAGGCCAGGACCCAGGGCCCUCUCUACCACAGAAUGAGAGGAAGCCCCCCCAAAAAAAGAAAAAGAAAAGGAAGCAGAAAGAGGAGAAAGAGGCUAGAACAGAAAAGAAUCAGGAGCACCUAGAUGACGAGCACCUAGAACACACUAACCAGAGCAUCAGGAAAAACAAGAAGAAAAGGCGACAUAAAGAAAAGGUUACAGAUGAGAGAAAGGAACCCUUCGGGAGGGAGGUGGAACAGGAUACAGGGCUUGAGGAACUGAAGAGCAGAGCACAAUCUGAUCAGCCUCCCAAGAAAAAGAAAAAGAAGCAUCGUGACAAAGUGGAGGAGGCGACAGAGGUCUUGGGUAAAGGAGGAAGAGGGAAGGAGGCUGUGGGGUGCGUCCUGGAGAAGGUGGUGGUGUGCAGAGCAUGCACUGACCCCUGUAGCAGAAGCAAAAAGACACAGCAGUAUGAGGAAGGCUUGAAAAAAGAGGAUGAAGGGGAGGAGACAGCUUUAGAUGGUGAGACCAGGAGAGCAGAAGGCAGGACACACAGUGUUAAGAGAAGCAAGAAGACAAGACAGCAGCAUUGGGAGGAAGAGGUCUUGGGUGUACGUGAUGAAGAUGAGGAUGGUGGGACAAGGGAAAUAGAGAGCAGAGAUAAGAAAAGGAGGCGGCAGCACUCAGAGGGGGAGAGAAUUAGAGUCAGCCCUAGCCAGAGAGUCAGAAAGAAGAAACAGAAGAGAGUCUGAAUGUGUGGUCAAGGUGGGGCUCAAAACUGACUCCUUUCCAGCUGUGGUCUUGAGACCUGUGUUAUUGCAGGACUUGUCACUCCUACAUGAAGCUCCUCCCUACCAAGGAGGAAACAGCUCUCUACUGCGAGAACUUUGCCAAACCUUAGUGGAGGGCAUGGAUGUCGUGCCCUCUGCAGCUUAUAACCCAGAGACCACAAUUUCAAGUGCUUCCAAGACCCCCAGCAGCUGAGGGACAAGAAGUGCUGAGGACUGUAAGAAAAGGAAUGUAGAUGGGGUGUCUGCAUUUGAGGGUGCACCUCUGCUACAAGAGGCUGAAAAUACAGGCUUACAGGACUGUCUUGGUUUUUAGAUAUUGUGAUGCUAAGAAAAUCAAAAUUUAGGUCUAUAGGCCAGAUUCAGCUCACAUGUUCCCCAUUUCUGAUGUUAUUUAUAAAUAAAUACCAUCAGCCUGGGUUUGAGCCUACAGGUGAGUCCCAACAUGCUUCUCUACUCCCAGCCUGGGAAAGUGCUGAGUUCAAAUUAUGAGAUUUUCCUUGGAGCCUUUUAAGAAAUUCCUUCUGUUAACCUCCUGAAGUCUUGUUAUGCUGAGCUGCUAAGUAUGCUAAGUAAUAUGCUAAGUAGCUUAGAGUUGCAUCCACCUCCCUGUCUGUGUUCCAAAGAGGUAAGAAUCACUCAUGUGUAAAGGACAGCAUACCUCAUUGUAUGUAAUAGUUAUUUUUCACUGCUUCCAGUGCCACA